CUCUUUCCUGCAUCCAUCGCUUUCUCACCAUCUUUGUCUGCCGUUCCGCUUCUUACUUUAGAGCGCUACACCGACGAGGUCGAGGGAUUCACUCUCCUCAAGCCUUCCACAUGGGCAAAGAUGGAGAAGGCGGGUGCGAAGGCACUGUUCGAGGAGGGGAAGGGGGCUAACAACAUUGGUGUGGUGGUUAACCCUGUUCGGCUAUCUUCUCUCAAGGAAUUUGGGACGCCGGAAUUUGUUGCUGAGAAGCUUAUCCAAGCUGAAAGGCGUAAGGUUCUCCUUCCUGUUCUGUUUUCUUGUCUUAUUUUCUUGUUUCACAAUAUGUUUAUGCUUCUUUUUUGCUUCAGUUUGCUUGAAAUAUGCCGAUGAUGGGAAAUAAGAAUCGUUGAUGAAUUGUUUUUGAAGUGCGAGAAUAGAAGUUGCAGUUGUUUUUUUGCUCGUUUUUUAUGCAAACUAAGUUCUAUAGCCAAAUAGAAGAACACUAGGAAGGCAAUGAAAUACUUCCAUUCAGUAAACAUAAACCAACACCAACAAAAUGCAACUUAAUAGUAAACAUUAUAAGUAAAUGAUUAGGAAAUUUUGCAAAGAAACAAACUAAAGCUUAAAAUUAACUACCCUUAGAACAGCCUAAAAAGGCCAUCUCACAUGCAAAUCAUGAAAAUAGAGAAUGAUGCUCAAAUGAAAAAUCAAACCAGAGUUUUUCUAUAGAAAUUAUGAUCCAGCUCAAGUUGGGGCUCCUCCGGUAAAUACCAACUAAUGGGGCACACCAACACCUUACCUCGCAAUAUUUCGAGAAGAAAGAUACAAGUGGAAUGACAACCGUGGAGAGAAGAAAUAGAUAGAAGACAAAGAAUAAGAAAUAAAUAUAGGAAGAAGAUAGCUCUCAAUCUAGGAAGAAAACCCUCAGGUUUGGAUUUGUUUUCACCAACAACAACCCCCUUCCAACAGCAAAUCAGACAUACUUUAUAGGAGAAGGCCCAAUAGCCCACGUAAAUGUGUCACACAACUAGCCAAUUGCAGUCAAUCAAUACAACCACUUUUUGAGAAGAUAAAACACUAUUCUUGGAAUCAGCAAGGAGGGAAAUGAACGACCAGCAGCAGGGAAACAAAAGCCUACUUGGAAAACCAACAACGAACCGAUAUGGGAUUUGAAUUCAGCAUGGAGAUCCAACAUCAGAGAAUCCAAAAUCAACUUGAAAAACUAACAACCAACCAACAUGGGAAGAGAUAGGCCAAGCCCAAUAAGGAAAAAACAACCUAAAGACAUUAAAAAUAUGUAUGAUGAAGCACUGAUCAGUAUUA